UGGUCAUUUACACUUAAACUCUACGAAUAUGUCAAAUGUAGUUUUUUAUUUACCUUGAUCUUCAUAAUUAAAAGUUUGUUCGUGAAUUUGUUGUUGAAUUUAAAAUGUAUAGUGGUCAUAUAUUUAUGAACAUGAUGGUGAUGUUGAUUUUGAAUGUGUUGUUGUAGAAAUAGAUUCAUUUCGUGUGACUGUUGUAUGCUUUUGGAAUGGUUCAAUUCGACCAACUAGUAACAAUGUUAAGUAUGUUGGAGGUGGAGGUAAACUGUCUGCAUGCAACUGGUUGGAGAUCAACGUGCGCCAUGUCGCUCGUUGGGAGCACAGGCUAGAGCUGCUGGCCCAAGGUGCGGCGAUCGAUGCUGUAGGCACACCUACUUGUGCGGAUUACAUGUCGUGGUUCCUCUCCAUCACUCGUCGAUGGAUGACACCACGAGGUAUCAUGGCGGCAGCCUAAUACGCUCCCACAGCACCGACGAUGACACACUUUGCACAGGGCAUUGCAUCUGUCAUCAGCUCCUCCCAAGAGGAGCCUGUACGGGAGAUUGCCCAAGGCAUACUCUUAGGGACGCAGUUUCAACACUUCAUUCCGGAAGUGACUGCGUUCGACACCACUAUGUACGAGUACGGUUCAUCUCCUCAUCAUGCCGACGUUCAUCUUGAAGAGGUUGACUUAACGUGCCCGGACUACGGUGCCGGGUCCUCACAAGGUGCCACAUCAUCACAUUAUCAAUCACCUCCCCUACCCGAGCGUCAUGCGACGGCCUCUUACUAUCAUAGGAGGAGUCGUAAACCAUCACAGUUAGGCAGGGUACAGGAGGAGGAUUAACAUUAGAAUACUGUUUGUAUAUUUUGAACAUUUGUACAUACUCAAUAUUUGUAACAUUUGGUCUUUUGUGUAUAAAUUGUAACAUAUAUGUAGAUGUAUAUAUUUUUAUCGUAUUAUCACACGUUUAUUAUGAAUGA